GGGCGUGUCUAUCCGCGGUGCCCGCUCUCUAUGGUACCCGCGGCCCGUCACGGCUCCCAGUCUCCUCAGCGGCGGCUCGUGCUGGUGUCGGCGGCGGCCGCGGGAGGGGGCGCGGUGGCCGGGCCGGGGUCGAGGUCUGGGUCUGCCCAGCCUCCCUCUCUCCCCGCGCGGCUAUGGAGCUGGAGGUGCCGGACGAGGCGGAGAGCGCCGCCGCUACCGGCGCCGGAGCCAUCACUCCCGAGGCUGGACCGGACGCGGCAGGAGGUCUGGCACCAAAGAAGACAGCUGUUACUGAGGGCCCAUCAUUAUCAGGACAGCUUGGGGCUGGCCAAGGGAAGAAGAUAGGUCAUCGUGGAGUUGAUGCUUCUGGCGAAACCACCUACAAAAAGACUACUUCAUCCACUCUGAAAGGGGCCAUCCAGCUAGGAAUUGGAUACACAGUGGGGAACCUGAGCUCCAAGCCUGAAAGAGAUGUUCUGAUGCAAGAUUUUUAUGUGGUGGAGAGUAUUUUCUUCCCCAGCGAAGGAAGUAACCUUACUCCAGCUCAUCAUUACCCUGACUUCAGGUUCAAAACCUAUGCACCUGUGGCUUUUCGGUACUUCCGAGAGCUAUUUGGCAUUCGUCCAGACGAUUAUUUGUAUUCAUUAUGUAACGAGCCCCUGAUUGAGCUAUCAAACCCUGGUGCCAGUGGCUCGCUCUUCUAUGUCACAAGCGAUGAUGAGUUCAUCAUAAAAACUGUGAUGCACAAGGAAGCGGAAUUCUUGCAGAAGCUUCUUCCUGGUUACUACAUGAACCUGAACCAGAAUCCACGGACCCUGCUGCCAAAGUUCUAUGGACUGUACUGUGUUCAGUCAGGGGGGAAGAACAUUCGGGUAGCAGUGAUGAACAACAUCCUGCCCCGAGUAGUGAAAAUGCACCUAAAAUUUGACCUGAAAGGUUCUACCUACAAACGCCGGGCAUCCAAGAAGGAGAAAGAGAAGUCCAGCCCCACAUACAAAGACCUGGACUUCAUACAGGACAUGCCUGAGGGGCUAAUGCUGGAUGCAGACACCUUCAGUGCACUGGUGAAAACACUGCAGCGAGACUGUCUGGUGUUGGAAAGUUUUAAAAUCAUGGACUACAGCCUGCUGCUCGGUGUGCAUAACAUAGACCAGCAAGAACGGGAGCGGCAAUCUGAGGGAGCCCAGAGCACGUCUGAUGAGAAACGUCCUGUUGGGCAGAAGGCACUUUACUCCACCGCCAUGGAGUCCAUCCAGGGUGGGGCUGCCCGGGGGGAGUCCAUAGAUACAGAUGACACAAUGGGAGGAAUCCCAGCUGUGAAUGGCAAAGGAGAGCGCCUUCUGCUGCAUGUAGGAAUAAUAGAUAUCCUUCAGUCAUACAGGUUCAUCAAGAAGCUAGAACACACCUGGAAGGCCCUUGUCCAUGAUGGGGACACCGUAUCAGUACACAGACCCAGCUUUUAUGCAGAGAGAUUUUUCAAAUUCAUGACCAACACAGUGUUUCGAAAGAAUUCCUCUCUAAAAUCAUCCCCGUCUAAGAAAGGACGUAGUGCCUUGUUAGCUGUCAGGACACCUGGUCCAACAGCUGCAUUUUCAGCUAGCCAGCUCCCCUCGGAAAAGGAUGACGCCCAGUAUGAUCUACGUGCUGCCAGAAGUUACCCUACUCUAGAUGAUGAAGGCAGGCCAGACCUGCUUCCCUGCACUCCUCCUUCAUUUGAAGAAGCUACCACAGCCUCCAUAGCAACAACGCUCUCUUCAACUUCUCUCUCUGUUCCUGAGCGGUCUCCCUCUGAGACCUCUGACCAGCCCAGGUACAGGAGGCGCACGCACUCCUCAGGGCAGGAUGGCAGGUCACAUGAGGAAGAUCGGGUUGAAGAAGAGCUCCAGCAGAUAAAUGUAGAGCUAGAGACAAAGUGUGACGUUGAGAUUGUGGCUCCAGAAGAAGAUAAAGGGGAGGCAGCUUCUUUAGCCUGUGCCAUUGUAACAUCCACGGCUACAAUAGAGGUGGAAACGGCCAGUCAGGCCUCAGAACCAGCCAGCCAGGCUUCGGAUGAAGAUGAUGUGCCAGUCACAGACAUAUACUUUUAAUCACUAUGCAGACACUGAAGACUCAGAGACCAGCGUUUCCCUCUGCAGGUUGAUGUGUUCCCUUUUCGUUGAUGCAGCCGUUCCAGUGGGAUGGGGAAGAGCUUGCUGACACCAGUAUUGCUGCACUGCAGGAUCCCUGGCACUGCAUUUCAGAAUGGAGCGCAACUCUAAACAUGUAUUUAUAUCUAUCCAAGAUGUGGACAGCAAAGAAACCUCCUGCUCAGGGCUCCCGAAGGAGACUUUCAGCUGGGUGGUGAGAAUCCUGGGUAGUAACAAAGUGUUUCCAAACGUGCACUACUGUAGCUACCUACCUGUGUGUGAUACUGUGAACCUUUUUAAUUUUGUAAUCAUGUAUUUAUUUUAUCUUUGCACAGACACAGCACAAACGUGCUUUUUUAAAAGUUUAGUUUACUGCACUUUUUUUGGUUGUCAUAUUUAUGUGCUUCAUAAACGGUGUGAAACCUCACUGGAGGUGGCAAGAGGGCAGAUCUUCACUGGGGAGGGCACAACAGGAAUAGCUCCAUGACUGAGGCAGCAGUGUGGUCUAACCCCAGACAGCAGGACUGAGAAUCAAGGGGGCCAGAGUCCUACCCAGACUCUCGCUGAUUUGUUGUGUGACCUAGGUAAGUCACUUAACCACUCUGUGCCUCAGUUUCCCCGUGUAUGAAUGGGAAUAAUAUCCACUUUAAUUAAAGCACUUAGACCCUUGGAUGAAAGGUGCUAUAUAAAUGCAGUGUAUUUAAAUGCUAUUGAGUAGAAUUGUUCCUAUACUAAAGCACUCCAAACUAGACAUGCUAUUUUUAUCUCAAUUUUUGAAGCAGUUAGUGAUGGCUACAGUUAAUUUGUAAAUCUGUAUGGAAAGCAAAGAAAUGUGGCACUAGUGAGGUGGUCACCUUGGCUGUCCUCUGACAGGGAUGCUGCUUUCACCAUAUGCUCUGUUGGGCUGGAGAUCCAUCCUACCCUUCAUACUUGGUCUGCUCUCUCCUCUUAUCAGCUGACAUACGGAUGUUCCCAACAGACUGCUGUCCAUGCAGGUUGGUGAGUGGGCAUGGAAAGAUGAGAACUGUGCACGUCUCCACAGACUUUCUGCCUCAAAAAGAGUUCCAAAGCCCCCUUCACCCACUUCUGGUGUAAUAUGUGCUGCAUUCUACUGAAAUCACUUAGCACUUGGCAUAUUCAUAGCUGUAUCUUUUGAUGGGUAAGCAAAAGGGCACAGAACACGAGGUUAACAGGUGUCUGCCCCUUCCAUUCUCCUCUCCUGCCCCUCUGCCCCCCCAUGCCCCAAACAGGCUGGUGAAGGAGACGUGCAUGCACGCACAUACACCCUGCAUGUUAAAGGCAGUAUCAGAAGCCCAGUUGUUGGCUCCUGUCUGUGCUGGGGAGUAUGACACAUGCUACUGUACAUGCAGUCAUGGAGAGCCAGAUGGGGAAUAUAGCACCUGGGCCUCUGCUGUUGACAGCUUGUUCUUUUGAGGCCUGCAAGCUUUGGAUGAGACAGACAAAAUGUGGCUUUGCUUUGCCAUGAAAUAGCAUGAAGCAGUGUUCUGCUUAAGCUCAUCCUUGUGGUAGCAGGAUGCAAUAAUGUUGGGUCCAGACUUCUCUAGCAAUCCUAUCUAGCAAUGGAAGCUUAGAAACAGAGGGUUGGAUCUUGCUUGUGCCCUCCAUUUUGUUUGGUGGAAAGAGGAUUAAGGGUUGCUUUUUAACGCUGUUCUCUAGCUUCCCCACAAAAGCAGUGGGUUGGGGAGGGGAGGAGGAAAGACCCCAAUCUGGAGGUUUUAGAUGCAAAGAGCUGAUGAGUUAGUAUCACAGUCUGUCCGGUUUGUGAAGGACAUCAGCACUCAGGGCUGUCUUUAAAUUCAGGUUCCAGAAAGCAGGUUGGCUGGGUAGGAGCAUUAGAAGCUUUCCCCAAGCGGGUACCAAAGUGCUUAGGGUCUUCAUCAAAUGAUUUUUUUAUCUUCCUGCUAUUAAAAGAUAUAGAGCCCAAAUUUCUUAUCCUUCCCACACAGAGACUGAAGACUUGUUAAGUGUGUAGUGCUCCAGGGCAAGGCAGGCUUCUCAGAGCUGGUUAUUGUUUGAUGUCUUGUAUUUAUUAAUUUAGAAUAUUCUUUUUUAAUGCUUUUUUGUUGUUGUUCAAGGAAACACUCUUCUCUUAAUAGCAGCCCUUAAAAUAUGCUGCCAUUACAUGUACCAUUCAGGUAGCAAAUCACAUUGCUCCAUUACGGCCCUUUCUCUGACAAGUUCACAAAGGCUUUAUCAGUCAGUCAGUCCUGUCUCACAUUAAGCACUGUUUUACUAUUUGAACUCUCCCAUUUGUCGGUGGUAUUUUUGUAGGGCUCAGUACAGGCUCGCCUGGUGGCCAACUCUCCAAAGGAGUUUGGGGAGGGGUUUUGGGGAAGUGUGCAAUAUAUGUCGAUUUAACGUACCUUGGAGUGCUGAAGACGAGAUUGGAAAAAUCAGGCUAGAAGUUUAACCUGGUUUUGAAAAGUGCUGAGCAGCCACAAUUCCACGCAAGGUUAACAGGAGCUCUGACGGCCCAGAUCCUUCUUUCUCAUAUUAAAGAAAUUACCCUUGAGGAGUAACUUUGAAGACAGGCCAGGACCACCUCUGAAUAGCAUUCCAGAACUUGAAAGAUAAUGUGCCUUCCCUUUGGUUAAUCAGAUUUUUAGCAUCAGUAGAUCUUUUAAAGAAUAGACUGAGUAAAGUUUGGCACCUCUGAUUGCCCAAGGCUCAAGAGCAAGACUUUAUUCCUGGAGAUGCACAGACUAUUAAUCUGUGUAUCUCCAGCAAAAAACAAUAACUCUACCAACCCCCUCGCUCCAAAACACCAACAAAAAUGCAACAAUCUUUUCCCCAGUGCAGGCAGAAGGCAGGGAGAAGUUGGUCAGUCAUAGAAAUCAUGUUGUCCUGUUCAAUCCUUCACUCAAAAGCAUUGCACGAUCAUGUGUAUUGUACAGUUGUGUCCACAACAAGUUGCCCUAGCUGAACUCCCACUUCCAUUACUGGAGAGGCUCCCUGUGCAGUGUGAAAGAUUGAAACUCUCCUUUUCCAUCUUUUGGACUAGAGUAUUUCCACCCUGUGUGGACUUCAGGAUGGCAGCUUUGUGCAGUUUACUAAUCCAGUAAGUGGCUUUUCUUAAGGGCUCUCUAUUUCUUUCUUUGAGGCUCCCUUGCAUCAGAGGGGUGUUUGUUCCAACCUAUUUGUUCACUACCUUGAAACGGAGCUUUGUCUAUCUCUGUUGGUCCUCUGAAUUCUCUUAAAGAAGCCCAGCUACCUUUAUGUAGUUCUGUUUAGGAUUUUCUUUAAUUUACAGCUCUGCAGCUGAUGGUUUGUUUAUACAGCUUCACCUGUGUAAAGGUCUAGAUUGCUUGAUAUCUGCCAGAGAAGGCAGCUUCUUCAUGUCUCCUUGAAAUAUUAAAUAAACACCCCAACUGCAAUCCAGUGAGUCUAGACUUCAAAGCAGCUUUGUUCAUCACUGCUGUCCAUCAUCUCCAACCCUUCAUCUUGUAUCUCUCAGCCCUGCUUAAAGAGCCUGGUGUGGGGGCAGGGGCGUAGGGGGUAUUGCCUUCUGGUAAGAUUAUUUCUGAAGACUGAGGUACAGGAUUAUGAAGGGAACAUGUCAUGUUAGACUCCAGGGGCCUGGAGCCAGGCAGUGAAGUGCGAUUCUGACUCUACAGAGAAAUGCCGACUGUGAACUCGCAAGGUGCAGGUCCGUGGAGUGGCCUGUGAUCUUGGAAUCUGGACUUGUUACUUGGCAGAAAUGAACACUAGGAGUUAUUCGGUCACAAAUGAUCUGAACUUUUCUAAUUGAGAUCACUACUAAGGGAAUCCUCAGUUUGAAUGACAAGAUGAACCAAUUAAACCCAGAGUGGGCUAUUUCGCAGCUGGGAGUUGUACCAGGCAAGCCCACCUGUCUCCAGAGGUGACCACAGCAACUUCUUUUACACAGCAGAAUCCAGCUGUGGGCACUUCAUCGUUUAAAAAAAACCCAACUGCAAACACUGCUGCUCCAGAGGGACUUUGUCCAAGUCUUUGAAAUGAAAGCCCCAAGAGUCUGGUGAAAGAACGUGGUAUCCUCAGCUGUAUCCUCUACUGCAGCUAACUCUUCAGCACUCUGAUAUUUGGGUUGUCUUUCCCCCUGUCCAGUAGCAUCUAGCUAAGCAAGCUGAAAUUGCACUUUUGGAGGCCUUCCUUGAAGCCACAAAAAGAUGAAGAAUCUUGGCACUGAAGCUGGCAUGGCUGUGGUACGUGGCAGGGGCACCUGUGCUGACAAGAGCUCCCUGCUUGCAUUGUCCCACUCCUCCUCAGACAGUUGGCCCCUGAAACAUUGCUCUGUCCACUCCUCCAAGUAGCUAGAACCAGCCAUAGUAUUUGUUUCUUCACACUCCCACUCAGCAUCACUGCCCUGUUUAUAAACAGAAAGGCAAAUGAGAUAGCUCAGGCUUAUUGGAUCAUGUCUGAUUUCUUUGAAGUCUACAUUAGACCCAAGUAUAUUGUUAUAUCUGAUGUUCAUAUUACAAGGUCAUUUUUUAUGUAUGCUCCGUAUGUGUGCAUCAUGUAAAGAAUGUAUGUAAGUAGGGUAUUUUGGGGAGGUGGGGGGGUUCUUUGGUGGAAAAUAUGAUGAGUCCAUGGAUAUUGUCAUGUUUUUAUUUUUCUGUUUGUUUUCUAAGUCAUGAAUGCUUUUUUGGAAAUCUUUUAUCAGAGAACUGUAAAUCAAUGCUAAUUGUUCCUAGGCUAUGUGAUAAAUCAUAUUGUAGUCUUUGAUGUAAACCCAAGAGGCAAACAAACUAUUUAUAAUGUCUAGUGAAUUAAUUGCCUUACCCAAAACCCAAUGGGAACGGUUCCUAAAAUAUUUUUCCCAUUUUAGUGUAAAAAAAAAAAAUAAAAACAAAAAAAAUCCUGUAAAUACUCUAAGCGUGAGAUUGCACCCUGUUUUGUCUAUGAUGGCUGCUAUUGCUAAGAAAGUGGAUACUAUUUGAACUAUUGUACUGUAUUAAAACAAAGGCAUUUUGUGAGACAGUUUAGAUGCAAUGUUCUCCUCUUGGAAUCUUGAACUUAGCUCAAAUGCAAUACUCUUGUCAAUCGUGGAGUCCUCUCAUCAAACUGUUGGUGAUUUUUGUUUCCUAGACUCCAUAAUCUGUGCUCAUUCUUGAUUUCUCUCUCUUUCCUUCCCUCUGUAUAUGAAAUUUCUCUGACUUCUAGUUUUGUUUAGACUGGAGUUAAUUGGCCGUUGACAUGAACUAGCUAAUGUCUGUAAGUACUCCCAAGUGUUUGUUUCCUGGAAUGAAAACUUGGACUGUGACCACUGACCUUUGCAAGCAUGUAGUCUAACUCCAGCAAACCAAUUUCCAGUUAACGCAAGUUAAAUGCUGGACAAAACCCUUUCUUUUUUUGUUUUUAAAUGGUAUCAAGUCAUAUUUCUGUUCUGUUUUACUCUGUGAUUUAUGAAACUGUGUAUGUCCCUUAACUCUUUAGGAGGCUUCCACUAGACACUUUUUUUCUGAUACUUUGACAAUCUCUAAGCUUGGGUUCCUUUUUUAGAGGGGACUGCACCUCUGAAUCCAGAGCUGUGGAAUUUCUGUAUAAACCAUACAACUACUGCUGACACGAACUAAUGACACUUGUAUGCAACAUCCUCAUUUCUGCUUCCCCUUCUGCCCUUCCCUUUAUUUUUUGGAAAGGAUCUCUAAUAAAUAGGUUAUUAAUGCA